CCAAAUCUCCGAAAGCUCAACCAGAGGAGAGAGAAUGUCAUCUGAGCUUCGCGCCUCGGAAAACCCUAGAAAAUGGCGAUUCACAUGGGAAGCCCAAUCUCACAUCCCAACCCUCAAAUUGUUCCUCUUCAACCCCAACACCAAACCAUCGAUUCUCUGCAAGAACCUCAAAGUCGAAUUGGUUCUCGAACAAUCUCUGCUCAGAGUGAGCUGGUCCGAAUCCGAAUCCGAAUCCGAGGUUUUUCUUGGUGUUCCGCUACCCAGGGUUUUGAUUGAUGCCGAAUCUCCAGUUCAGUUCAGGGCACUGGACGAUCAUGUCGAAGUUAAGCUCGUUCUGCUUCUUCCUGUUGAUCAUCCAAUCGUUGCGAACUUCGAUUCCGUAUUGAGUUUAUCUGAAGAUGAAUCUAAUCGAGGAAAUACUUUAUCGGAUGAUCAUAGAGUGCUAUCGAUGGAUUCAGAUCUUCAAAGCUUGUCGUCCAUGGGAGGGGUGCGAUUCUACUGCAGAAGUUGCUCGACUCAAUUGACAAGAUCUCUCAGAUUUUUUGCAGAACUGCCAUCAACUGACUGGCGUGAGGUGGCAGACAACUGGUUUGGGGCUUGCUGUUGUUCAUUUGGAGGUAUAAGUGAGAAGUUGGUGACUAGCUAUGCAAAUUCCUAUACCUCUGCAGCGGGUAUGUGCCUAUUAAGUACCACAUUGGUAGUUCUCUGCAAAGAUGACUUGGUGGGAUGUAAAUUUCCUUGCUCGCAUAGGAACCAAAAAUGUGAGUCUGAAGCCGAUUUUAAUGGACACGAUUGUUUGACAAAAACUAUGCCAGACUACGGAUGUAACCAUGGAAGACUGGUAUGUUGUGACAAUAAAAAAGACAGCACACUUCAUUUUAAUGGGAACUUAAGCUGCAGUGAUCCCAAGGAAGACAGCCUAACUGCAAAUUUGGAAUGUCAAGUUUUUGAAAAAGUAAUUAAUGGGAAGAAAGACGACCUGUCUGCAAAUUUAGAAUGUCAAGUUUUUGAAAAAGUAAUUAAUGGGGAGAAUUCAUCCUGCAUGUUUCCAGCUUUGGAAUUCUCUAAAUGUGUUCUGUCAGCAUCCGGAUGUUGUGGUGAUAGUGCAAGCCUUCUAACCCGUAAGCUGGAAGACUGUUUGCUUGAAACAUCAGGAACUUCUUUAGAGCAAACACCUACUACAAAUUUUGAACUCCUUGCAAAUCAGAAAUCUUUACUUAAUGGAUUUCUUGGAGAUGUUUUCAUGGCUAAACCCUCGUAUCUUUCAAAAGAGGUUCGGUGGGUCGAAUUUUUGUGUCCUCAGUGUUCAUGUCUUCUUGGAGCAUACCCUUCUGGUGAUGGCCAUGCACCAUUGGAUGGUGGAAUUCGAUUAUUCAAAUGUUACAUUUCAACUUGUCUGCCUGUUGGUGGAUCAAAAGAUCUGUUUAGGAAGUAUUCCUUGGAAAAGAUGUUCACAAAUCAGCUAUUGGAAAAUGCAGAGCAUGAAUUAUCAUUCCGAACUGUGGUUAGGGAUCUGCAAACUGGGUCUGCUAUGUUGCAAAUAGUUCUCUUAAAUUCUAAUUCAUUUCAUUGCAAUAGUUACUGUUUUGGGACAGACAACAAAACAGAACCAGUUGGAAAGGUAGAUCUGUUCCCUGCAAUCAAGGUGUUAUUUUUGGACUGCAGUAGCUGUAGUGAAUCUCAAUUAAGGAUGAUAGAAGAAUGGGUAACAAAGAAACAAGCUGAUGAAGUUUAUAUGUUAGCACAUCAAAUUAAAGAGUUGACCAAAUGCUUGGACUCUGGACAGGAUAUGUUUCCACUUUCACAUACUUUCCUACAGGGUUUAUCUUUGUCAUCCAUGCGGAGAUGAUGGUAAUGCCUUGGUAUAAAGCAUGUACUGCAGCUAUUCCACGGUUGACAAAUUGAUCCAUGUGCUCUACAUCAAGCAAGCUAUCUGAAAUAUCAGAUGGUGGACAUUUGUUGUUCUUUCUUAGCCAUUCAUGGGAUGUUCACCCCACGUUCAUGGUGGCCAUAAUCUCCAAUGGAUCUAUAAAGGGUCAAUGAGUUGGCAGCUAUUCCCUAAUGGGUCUUGUGGUCAAAUUCCUUCUAUUGCUCCAUCCCAAGUUGCACUCAUAAUGGAGAUAUUUUUUUAGGCUGUGUUUGGAUCAUGGAUCCAUGAUCCAAACCAAGGCUUAUGGAUGGUGAAUGAGUUCAAGGAGAUAUUUGCAGUGCAUAAACUCUCAAUUCAGUUGAUAUUUGAGAACAUAUUAGCAGUAUGCUUUUUAGAAAAAUCAACUGCUUUAUUUUUAUUUUGGGAGAGGUGGGCUGUUAAAAUAGAAGUUGAUGGACUUGGUUCUUCUGAGAAAUGUGAACUUAUUGUUAUGAGC